CCAGUCGUAUGACAGCAGUGCUCAGCUGGUGGGGCGCCGGCGGAGUACGGAGUCCUUGUUAGCAGAGCAUGCGGGGUCUGGAGUCAAACCCGGGCGUAUGUGUAUCAAGUCCAGGCGUUAGUGCUGCUUACGAAUCGAAUCCUAUGAGCUCGAACUUCAGCUGAAUGCCUGAAACCUCUCCCCUUAGCCAAGUGAUUGUUACACCACUUGCAAUUGCGCAGCUCGCGAUACCCUCAUGUAAACCUCCAAAUACCAGCGAAUAUUCCGCCCUAACCCCAUUCGCGAAUACAAGCCGAGAAUGUCGCCCCCGGAGCAAAGUGGAGGGGCACCGAAGCAUCGUGCUUGCGAUGAAUGCCGCGCCCGGAAGCUGGCCUGCUCAAAGGAGCCAGAUGGAUGCGCUCGCUGCAAACGUGAGAGCCAAGUAUGUCACUACUCUGCUCAGAAACCCAUGGGCCGUCCACGUAAACGGCCCCGGGACGAAGCCGACAAUACGAAGACGGCCGAGUCAGCGACCAAAACGCCGAUGCUCAACCUCCCGCCUGACACCGAGGAUCCAGGUCUCGCCUUCCUGAAUUUUCUCACUCAAGGAGAAAUCAACCUGGACCCGACUAUACCUACGGAUAUACUAAGCGCACACGAACAAGACAAGGCAGAUUGGGCGUUUGGGUAUACAGGGAACGACUUCGCACAGCUGAACUUUGACGCGAAUAUCGAGCAUGUACCUUCGUUCUCCGCAUCAAACAUCGACCCAGCAUUAUUCACAGCUGCGACCACACCUGCGGAAGGCCCGGCGCCAGCUUUAUCAUCCGCAAACUGUAAUUGUAUAGCGGGCUUGUAUCUAUCGCUUGACUCGAUGCAGAAACUGUCAAACGAUAUCACAGACGCUGUUAGGCAGGCCCGUCUCGCGGCAAAGACUGCUUAUCAAGUAGUCAAUUGCGGGUCAUGUUCGAUGCCUCUGGCUGUCGAUCAACUAAGACCGGACCAAUUGAAUCCACAGGCGAUGCACAAUUUCCAGCUUCUAAUGCUUCUAUCAACCCUGAUACCCAGUAUCGCACAUGCUUACGAGCGUAUACUUCACUUGGUCAACCAGGAAACUGCAAAGGCACAAGCCGAACGCCGUGAAAUCCCCUUUACUCUCGAGAACUAUGGCGGAAUGUGGGGAGGUCUUGUGAGUGAGUGCGGUGGGACUGCUGGUCUUGAACACAGAAUGAUGGAGCCUGCAAUGUGGCGGCUGACCGUGCGAGCACUUCUGCGUGUUGACGUGUAUGGGAUCAGUAAUUGCGAAAUAGCGGGCGACACCGGACCUGAUCCGUUCCACCUGGGACUCAGGGAUAUUGUGAACCAGAUGGAGAACCGAUCGAAAGCCAGACACGCCGUGAUCGAUCCUUUGAUCUUGGCGGGAACUUAUGAGGACCCUCGCUGUGCCCUCAAACUCCAUAAGACUGGUGAAACGCCGACGUGCAUGAAAAUAAUCGAGAUUGCGAAGAAGUCUAUUGACAACCUGAUUAUUGCGUGAAGGACUGGCAUGUCGGGACACAUCGUUGAGGCCGCAAAAUCGCCGCCGUCGCUUCUACAUCAGACAUUUAUUUUCUCGAGCGUUGCUACGACCUC